GACCCAUCUCAUCUCAAUCCACACAAAAUCGAAUGGCGUAGCAGCCGAAAUUAAGACGCAGCUCUCCCGGCAGCAGAGCACCGGGUUGCCAGCCGCCCCUUCCCUAUCCCGUAGUCGAACCCUUCGCUUGCUUGCUCUAGUCAAGCACUCCUCACUUCUUCAUCACUAGCAAAGAUGAGCUCGUUGGAGGCAACGCGUGCGGAGCUGGGUCUGGUGGUGCUGUACCUGAACAAGGCGGAGGCUCGGGACAAGAUAUGCAGGGCCAUCCAGUACGGCUCCAAGUUCAUCAGCAACGGCCAGCCCGGCACCGCGCAGAACGUCGACCGCUCUACCACCUUGGCCCGCAAAGUCUUCAGGCUGUUCAAGUGGGUAAACGACCUGCAUGGCCUCAUCAGCCCUCCUGCCAAAGGGACCCCUCUCACGCUGGUCCUGCUAGGGAAGUCCAAGAACGCGCUGCUGUCGACCUUCCUGUUCCUGGACCAGUUCGUGUGGGCAGGGAGAUCAGGGAUCUACCAGAACAAGGAACGCACCGACCGUAUCGCCCGGCUAUCCCUCUACUGUUGGAUGGCUUCCUCGGUCUGCGCAAGUUUGGUUGAGCUUGGAGAGCUCAAGAGGCUGUCCAAGUCGAUGAGGAAGCGCGCGAAGGAGAUCAGGGGCACAGCCGACAAGUACGAGGACGAGCAGUACCUGGCGAAGAUGAAGCAGUCAGACGACCGGCUGCUGGCGCUGGUGAAGGCGGCCGUGGACGUGGUGGUGGCGGUGGGGCUCCUGCAGCUGGCGCCCAAGAAGGUCACGCCCAGGGUCACCGGGGCGCUGGGCUUCAUCACCUCGCUCAUCUCAUGCUAUCAGCAACUCCCGUCCCGUGCACCGCUGGCCAAAGUGAAGGCGUGAGGAAUGGUGCCGUUCUAGUCUGGAGGGUUGCUGCAUCAUACCUCACACGUUUGCUUGGAGUCAGCAUGUAAUGGAUUCAGAGAUGUUAUCGUCCGUCAGUGUUAGCAGUAUAGAAUGACGGUGUUGAUCGUCUUUACGGUUUGUACUUUUACACAGUACCUUAUGGAUAGUAAUGGACAUGGUCGUAUCAUGUGUAAAUGUGAGCACCAAGGUUUACAAUUUGAUGGGUGGAGUUAGAGCCUGAUAAA